GCUCCUUAAAAUGCUUGAAUUCUCUUCACUGCAUUUCUGCAAUCAGGAGAGGGAAAAUGUCGGCGCUAUUCAGUUUGCAGGGGCUGCUCACCGUUAUCUUGCUCUUCAUCUGCACCUGCACCUACAUUAAGAUGAAGUUUCCCACGCUCUUCGAUCGAGGUCAACUGCCAGGAAAGCAUGAGGGUCUUGGCGGCCUCUGCUGGAAAGCUUCACGCAUCGGGGAGCGCAAGAGCCAAUAUGUAGCCAGUGCUCUUGUAGUAAUGGCCGUGCACACGCUCUUCUUCUCGUAGGGGCAAACGGCGGGCUCGGACGUGUAAGCAACUCGGUAAAAGAAAAAGAAUCUCCCGGUCAUGGUAGAGUGGUUUUUUUUUCGUCUCAGCACAAACUGGACUACCUAUCCAUUUUGGAUAUUGUUGACGUGGGCAGGAAUUUCUUAAAGUGGACGCCGAUAGCAAGUUGGAUCUUCGUCCGGAAAUGUACUAGUAUUGCCAUCAA